UUGGGAUUUAUUAUUCUUGAUUAAACAAUAAUCUAUUUACGAUGUUUCUGUGAAAUUUUAAAACUGAACAAGUUUAAUAUUCUGGCGGCACAGGAUGUGGGUGCCGACUAAGUCUCCUAAAUUAGCAGUCGCUGUUUACAACUGGAAGGGAGAUGUUCGGUCCGGGUUGCCAUUGGAAAUAGGAGAAACUGUGCAAAUACUAGAGGAGCACUCAGGAUGGUGCCGCGGCUUCAGCACGAAGGACAGAUCGGCAUGGGGCAUAUUUCCCCUCUGUGUGGUGUCAGUCCGGCCCUGCACCGUAAAGGGUUCCGGGCCCACGGCCAUAGCCGAACUAAAGGACGACCCUCUAGUUCGAGAGAUUGCUGUUGUGCUGAGAGAAUGGGCGAGAUUAUGGAAGAAACUAUAUGUGAACGAUAUUUCUACCGACAACUAA